AUGAAGGGCGAUCAGCCACCGCCUGAGCCAGAACAUGUUGUUGUCCUUGACGAUGCAGCUGGCCAUUGGUUGAGAUUGAAGCAAACCCCCGGCGGUCGCGGUAUAAAAAGCCUUGGCACCCUCAACACCCCCGAACCCAGCGGUAUGCAAGCGGGACUUGAGGGAACUCGGGGUCUAGCCCAAACGACUUCCCUGCGGGACCUUAACAACUUUGGGUCAUUACGAGGCAAUCAAGAACCAAGUUCCACUAGAACUUUAGGGCCAACCGAAUUGAACCUAUUCGGAGAAAUGGUCACCAAAGCUGGUCUUGACGAAGUGCAUCAAGAGUAUGCCCGUGGCAACUCUGAGGUACAUGAUUCCUACAAACACAUGGCCGUCACUGUUGGCCAAGUCAAAAUCAUGUUUGAUAUUUCCCGGUUAUCUGAGAACCUUUCAAGACUCACUGACACGGUGGAAGGUAUCACUCAACAACUUUCCGACAAAAUUGAAAGUCUCACUGAAAAUCUCUCCGAUAAAGUGGAUGGGAUUACCCAACACCUGAACCAACUCACUGAGUUGGUUCAAUCCACCCCAAAUCUUCGACCUAACGAUGCUGCCCAAACAGCUGAUGGGCCAGUUGGCCGCAAUGUUGCUCAUACUUGGGCCUGCUCGACCGAACUGAGGGUAUGUAGUGUUUCUUAUGUUUUUCCUAAUAAAGGACCAGCUAAUCGCCCGAGUCAACAGGGGGCCAUCAGCCAUCAAGCGCAUAGGUUUAUCACCAUGCCUGUCAUUGAGUCCUACACCGCCUUGGAAUCCCCUGACCGUGUAUGGCUGGCCAAUUCGCUCUUCAAUCGCAUCAAGUCCGGUGUUAGACAAUUGGACAGCAUCAGACAACAUCUCCCGCAUACCAUUAAUGGUGUGGCAGACGUUCGCGGCACGAAAGUUUACAAUACCGAGAUUAAAAAUGUUGCUAAACAUGUGCGCAAGAAGCUUCAUAAUUUGCUCUUAACCGGCAUAUAUGAUCCAAAGAACGGGGAUGUAGUCCAUGGAGCUGUUCCCACCCUUAAAGUUUUGGUGCAUCGGAUUGCCGUUAAGUUGGGACGCGCGGGCGACAACUCUGACGUAGAGUCAGUUUGGGCCGAUACUGACUCAGUCACUCGUUGCCGAAUCGCUUAUCUUCGUCGCGAAGCCGUUCGUAUAUUUCAGAUUGGAAGGGGUUCAAGCUCUAUUUGGGCCGCUGUGGACCAGAAGCUGCACGAUCUCCGUUCCCUUGGGCGGGAGUAUACUCUCUCGUUUUAUACCCUGAUUUAUCAGGCCGACCGUACCGUGUUUGAUGGGCAGACCCGAUUUCAGGACAUCUCAGCUAACGUGUUGUUUCGGUUGCCUCACGAUGACGAAGUCACCGCUGCCAUUGUUGUGGACGAGGACAACCUCAUUGAUAACCAAAAUGAUGAUGAUCAGCGAUUUUAG